ACGAAGUCAAUCGCAAGUGUUUUUCCAUUGCUUGCUUGAAAUGUAGAAAAUUUUAUAUAUUUUAAAACGAAAAACUGCAAAUAAUAUUGGAAACAAGUGCAUGGUUGCCUUCAAUAAAGUGUAAAGUUUGUAAUUUUUGAAAAAGUUUCCGCCAGCCAUGUCGACGACAUCGAUUGUGCAACAAUUCGUGACGGGACUCAAGUCCCGGAAUCGCGGCAUGCAGAGCAAAGCCGCCCAGGAUCUUUUUCUCUAUGUCAAAACGGAGCUUAGGGAAAUGUCCCAGGAGGAAUUGGUGCAGUUUUUCGAUGAUUUCAAUCAUCAGAUAUUUAGUAUGGUCAUGUCCACGGACAUCAAUGAGAAAAAGGGUGGUGUUUUAGCCAUAAAAUGUCUAAUAAGUGGCGAUGUUGUAAAUACCAUGAAACGUAUUACGCCUUAUUAUAACCACCUGCGGGACUUGUUGCCCUGCAAUGAUGUCUCUGUAAUGGAAAUAGCUGCUCGCACUUUGGUCAAAUUGGCCAAUCUGCCGGGGUCCAAGGGUGCUGAAUCCUUUGAGUUUGAUAUAAAACGUGCUUUCGAGUGGCUUAGCGGCGACCGACAUGAGUAUCGCCGACAUGCUGCCGUAUUUAUACUACGCGAAUUGGCCGUUGCCAUGCCCACAUAUUUCUAUCAGCAAAUUUCCACUUUUUUUGAUCAUAUCUUUAAUGCCAUUUUCGAUCCGAAACCUGCUAUACGUGAAUCAGCCGGAGAGGCUUUACGUGCUGCUCUUAUUGUUACAUCGCAACGUGAGAACACCAAACAGUCGAGUGAACCCCAAUGGUAUAAGAUAUCCUAUGCCGAGGCCUGUAAAAGUUUCAACGAAGACAUAGCGCUGCAGCAAAGGGAGCCCAAGGGCAUGACACGUGACGAUCGUAUUCAUGGUAGUCUGAUUAUAUUCAAUGAACUCUUCCGCUGCUCUAAUGCAGCUUGGGAGCGUCGUUACAAUAGUUUAAAGGCCCUGCUACCCGAUACAUUGUCUGGCAAACUGGGCGACGCUUCUGCCGCUUCAUAUAUAACCGGCGGCAAUGGAACUAAUUCUGGCAAUAGCAGUCAUCAAUUGACAACAAUUGUUCCACGUUUGAAAGCUCCCUUCAUCAAGAAAUUGGGCUCAACACGUUUGGUGGAAUUGGGCGAGGGCCAACAAGGAGGACACAAAUUCAAUGGGUCUAACGUUUUGGAAUCUUCCUAUGCCCGUGAGGUCAUCAUGGAGCAUUACACCAACAUUUGUGACAAUAUCAUUGAGCAGAGACUAUCAAAGUCGGUUUAUGUGCAACAGGCAUUGCUUCAAAUACUACCUCGCCUGGCUGCCAUCAAUCGUGAGGUGUUCGUCCAAAAAUAUAUUCAAAAAUGCAUUAACCACUUGUUGACCGUACUUAAGGGCAAAGAGAAAGAUCGUAAUGUGGCCUACAUAACAAUUGGUUACAUAGCUGUGGCAGUGGAGCGUGACAUUGAUAAGCAUUUGAAAACGAUAAUGUCUGCCAUAAAAAUGGCCUUACCGCCCAAGGAUGCUACCAAUAAACGUAAGGCCUCUAUAGAUCCGGCCAUUUUUGCAUGCAUUACUCUGUUGGCCAAUGCUGUAAAGGCUGGCAUUACCGAAGAUGUGCGUGAGAUUUUGGAGCAAAUGUUUUCGACAGGAUUGUCACCGGCGCUGACGGUUUGUUUGAGAGAGUUGGCAGAAAAUGUGCCCUACUUGAAAUCGGCCAUAGCUGAAGGCUUGAUUGGCAUACUCUCUCAGAUAUUGAUGAAUAAACCAGCAGGAGCUGCAUACGGUGCUAUAAUGUCGAUGUCCUCAUCUAUGGACUCGUCCAUGAAUUUAUCGCAAGAUGCUGCUACCAUUGUUUUGGCCUUGCGCACAUUGGGAACAUUUAAUUUCGAGGAACAGAAUAUGCUAGAUUUUGUGCAAAGAUGCGCCGACUACUUCAUCAAUCACGAGCAACAGGAAAUACGUCUGGAGGCUGUGCAGACUUGCACACGACUUUUGAAAUUGGCUGUGCAACAAGCGGAUAGCAGUGAAAAUUCGAAAACCCUUAGCGACACCGUCUCAUACGUCAUCGAACGCUUGUUGAUUGUAGCCAUCACCGAUACUGAUUGCAAUGUACGCGUACGCAUACUUCGUUCACUCGAUGAGACAUUUGAUGCUGAACUAGCACAGCCGGAAUCCUUAAGUGCCCUGUUUAUAACAUUGAACGAUGAAAUCUUCGAGAUACGUGAGUUGGCCAUGGUUACAAUAGGCCGCCUCUCGGCCAUGAAUCCAGCAUAUGUUAUGCCCAAACUAAGACGUGUUUUGGUCCAAUUGUUGACAGAGCUUGAGCAUUCAGGCAUGAGCAGAAAUAAGGAGCAAAGUGCUCGCAUGUUGGACCAUUUAGUCAUAAGCACCCCUCGUUUGAUAUCUUCGUAUAUGAAUCCUAUUUUGGCCAUUUUGGUGCCCAAACUACGGGAAACCGAAUCAAAUCCUGGUGUUAUUCUAAAUGUUCUGCGCGCUGUGGGUGAUUUGGCCGAAGUAAAUGGUGGCUCAAAUGAAAUGGAACUGUGGGCCGAUGAUUUACUUUCGAUACUCUUGGAAAUGUUGGGUGACGCCGGUUCUCCGGAUAAGAGAGGUGUGGCUCUGUGGACCUUGGGUCAACUUAUAAGUGCCACCGGACGUGUUGUAACUCCCUAUCAUAAAUAUCCUGUGUUGAUAGAUAUUUUGAUAAAUUUUCUAAAGACCGAGCAGAGGCGUUCGAUACGCCGUGAAACCAUAAGGGUUUUAGGUUUGCUGGGAGCCAUGGACCCAUACAAGCACAAAAUGAACAAAGGCCUGAUAGACAGUCAAAAAGACAGUGUCCUCAUUUCGCUCUCUGACUUUAAGGUGGAGGAGAACCAAGAUAUUUCCACCGCCGAACUACUAGUGAACAUGGGUAAUAUAUUGGACGAGUACUAUCCUGCAGUAGCCAUUGCUGCCCUCAUUCGCAUUUUAAGAGAUCCCACCUUGUCCAGUCGCCAUACAAGCGUAGUGCAGGCUGUCACCUACAUCUUUCAAAGUCUGGGCAUCAAAUGUGUGCCCUAUCUGUCGCAGGUGCUACCCAGCCUUUUGGAAAAUGUACGCACUGCCAACAACAACCUCAGAGAAUUUCUCUUCCAGCAACUGGCCAUCCUAGUGGAGAUAGUGCGUCAGCAUAUUAUAACAUACAUGAACGACAUUUUCAAGUUAAUCAAAGAAUUUUGGACCAACAACACGCCAUUGCAGGUGACGCUCAUCAAUUUAAUUGAACAAAUCGCUGUGGCUCUGGGAGGAGAAUUCCGCAACUACUUGGCCCAACUCAUACCUCAAAUGCUGCGUGUUUUGCAACAUGACAAUUCCAAAGAUCGCAACGUCACCAAGCGCUUAUUGCAGGCCCUACAGAAAUUUGGCAACAAUCUUGAUGACUAUCUGCAUUUGAUAGUGCCACCCAUAGUUAAGCUUUUUGAUUCGCCCUAUGUGCCGCAACAAGUUUCGCAACAUGCUUUGGAGACUAUUGACAAUUUGGCUUGGAAUCUGGAUUUUACCGAUUUCUCCUCACGCAUAAUACAUCCACUGGUGCGUGUCUUGGACACAGAAACAGAACUUCGGGAUCAGGCCAUGUCCACCUUGUGUUCAUUGGUCAUUCAGUUGGGCAAAAAAUACCUUGUGUUUGCUCCUCUGGUUAAUCGCACUAUAACCAAGCAUCGAAUCGUAAACCCGCAGUAUGAGAAGAUAAUGGCGAAACUGCAAUCGAACACCACCAUGUGCCUGGAUGAGGAGUUUCUUAUGAGACAGGCGAAGUUUAAGCUGAACUCAGCGGGCAAUGUCAUAAGUGAUGCCAACACCACCAUCAAGAAACUGAACGUGUCCACCAAACAGCUUUGCAUGGCUUGGCAGGUUAAUCGUCGUGUAUCCAAAGACGAUUGGGUUGAAUGGCUGAAGCGUUUAUCCAUAGGUUUGUUGAGAGAAUCCCGCUCGCAUGCUUUACGCGCCUGCCGCGUACUGGCCGAAGAUUAUGAUAAGCUUUUGAGGGAUCUGUUUAAUGCUGCCUUCAUAUCGUGCUGGACAGAGUUGUCGCCGGAACACAAGAACGAAUUGACGCAAUCCCUGAUACAGGCCCUUCAAGUCACCGAUAUGCCUGAGAUAACACAGACCAUUUUAAAUUUGGCCGAGUUUAUGGAGCACUGCGACAAAGAUCCCAUUUUAAUCGAUCCCAAGUUGUUGGGUACGCGAGCCAUGGCAUGCCGCGCCUAUGCAAAAGCUUUGCGUUAUAAGGAGGAGGAAUUCAUGAUGCACAAAGAUCCCCAAGUCCUUGAGACGCUGAUUCUGAUCAAUAAUAAACUGCAGCAAAAGGAGGCUGCCGAGGGUCUGCUCACAACAUAUCGCAAUUCUGUGGGCAGUGAGAAUCCUCCCUUCAAGGAUGGGCUGAAAGUCCAAGGAAGAUGGUAUGAAAAACUACACAAUUGGGACCAGGCUUUGAUACACUAUCAGAGGAAUUUGCGUCAGGGCAGUGUUGACCUGGAGUCUCGUCUAGGCAGCAUGCGUUGCUUGGAGGCUCUGGGCGAAUGGUCUCAGCUAAGCAAAGUCUCUAAACAGGAAUGGGACACAUUCGGCAAAGAGACUAAAUCAAAGGCUGCUCCCCUGGCAGCUGUAGCCGCUUGGGGUUUACAGGAUUGGGAAUCUAUGCAGGAGUAUGUGAAAUGUAUUCCCGAGGAUACUCAAGAUGGUUCAUUCUACAGAGCCGUCUUAGCAGUUCACCACGAUGAAUUCGAGUUGGCCCAACGACUGAUAGACGAAACACGAGAUUUGCUUGACACCGAAUUGACCUCCAUGGCUGGUGAGUCAUAUGAAAGAGCCUAUGGAGCUAUGGUUUGUGUUCAAAUGCUUGCGGAACUGGAAGAGGUCAUACAGUACAAACUUAUACCCGAACGCAGGGAGCCCCUCAAAGCCAUGUGGUGGAAACGUUUGCAGGGAGGUCAACGUCUGGUCGAAGACUGGCGUCGCGUUAUCCAGGUUCAUUCGUUGGUGCUAAGUCCUCAUGAAGAUAUCCACACUUGGCUUAAGUAUGCUUCGCUUUGCCGCAAAUCUGGUUCCUUGCAACAGUCACACAAAACUUUGGUCAUGCUGCUGGGCAUGGAUCCCAUGGAAAAUCCCAAGGAUCCUUUGCCAUACAAAUUGCCUCAGGUUACAUAUGCCUAUACCAAACACAUGGCGGCUUCGGACAACAUGCAGGUGGCCUAUGAACAGCUGAGCCGAUUCGUUAAUACCUAUAGCAGUCAACUUAAUUGCUUGCCGGAUACGGUGCACAAGCAGGAGGACCACCGUCUGUUGGCCAGAUGCUAUCUGCGCCUGGCCACUUGGCAGCAUAAACUGGAAGGUUUGGAUCCAGAAGCUGUGCAAGGUGCUUUAGAUUGUCUGGAAAAAGCUGCAGAAUACGACUCGAGCUGGUAUAAGGCUUGGCAUCUAUUUGCCUACAUGAACUUUAAGGUGGUACAGGCACAGAAGCAGACGUUUGAAAAUCUCAAAUCUCCCUUGGAUCUACACAAUUCUGCCGGGUUCUUGGAGAAAGAGAAAUUUAUUAUAGAGCAGUAUGCCGUACCAGCUGUAAACGGUUUCUUUCAGUCCAUUAGCCUCAUCAAAGGUAAUUCCCUGCAGGAUACCCUGCGCCUGCUCACUCUGUGGUUCGAUUAUGGUCAUCACUCGGAGGUGUACGACGCUUUGUUGAAAGGCAUGAAAGCGAUUGAAAUCAACACAUGGUUGCAAGUCAUACCGCAAUUGAUUGCCCGCAUUGACACCCAUCGCAAUUUGGUGGGUCAAUUAAUUCAUCAGCUACUCAUAGACAUUGGUAAAAAUCAUCCCCAGGCAUUGGUGUAUCCUCUAACGGUGGCCUCCAAGUCAGCAUCAAUAGCUCGCAAAAAUGCUGCCUUCAAAAUUCUCGACUCUAUGCGCAAACAUUCUCCCAUUCUGGUGGAACAAACAAUGAUGAUAAGUGAGGAGCUGAUUAGAGUGGCCAUUCUGUGGCACGAACAAUGGCAUGAGGGCUUGGAAGAAGCUUCCCGCUUAUAUUUCGGUGAUCGCAAUGUGAAGGGCAUGUUCGACAUACUGGAGCCGCUACACUGUACGUUGGAGCGUGGCCCUCAAACGCUAAAGGAAACCUCAUUUUCUCAGGCCUACGGCAGAGAACUGACCGAGGCCUACGAAUGGACACAGCGCUAUAAGACGUCGAAUGCUCUCACAGAUUUAGAUCGUGCCUGGGACAUUUACUAUCAUGUUUUCCAGAAGAUUUCAAGACAGUUGCCACAGCUAACCUCCUUGGAGUUGCCCUAUGUUUCGCCAAAACUUUUGGCAUGUAAGGAUCUAGAAUUGGCAGUACCAGGCUCCUACAAUCCAGGCCACGAUCUAAUUAGCAUCAGCUAUAUAAAAACCAAUCUUCAGGUCAUCACCUCCAAACAAAGGCCCAGAAAGUUGUGCAUUCGGGGCUCCAACGGCAAGGACUACAUGUAUUUGCUAAAGGGCCAUGAAGAUCUUCGACAAGACGAACGAGUCAUGCAACUGUUCUCAUUGGUGAACACCCUCCUGCUAGAUGAUCCCGAUACUUUCCGCAGAAACUUGGCCAUACAACGCUACGCUGUCAUACCCUUGAGUACGAACUCUGGCCUUAUUGGCUGGGUGCCACAUUGUGAUACUUUACAUACCCUCAUACGAGAUUAUCGAGACAAAAAGAAGGUGCCCUUGAACCAGGAGCAUAGAACCAUGCUUAGCAUAUCACCCGAUUAUGACCAUCUCACAUUGAUGCAGAAAGUUGAGGUAUUCGAGUAUGCAUUGGACCAAACCCCUGGUGAUGACCUAUCCAAGCUGCUGUGGCUAAAAUCACCCUCUUCAGAGGUGUGGUUUGAGCGACGCACCAAUUACACACGCUCCUUGGCUGUUAUGUCCAUGGUUGGCUACAUUCUGGGCUUGGGCGACCGGCAUCCUUCCAAUCUUAUGUUGGAUCGCAUGAGCGGCAAAAUUUUACACAUAGAUUUCGGUGACUGCUUCGAAGUGGCUAUGACGCGCGAGAAAUUCCCCGAGAAAAUACCUUUCCGUUUGACACGAAUGCUCAUCAAGGCCAUGGAGGUAACGGGCAUUGAGGGUACCUACAGGCGCACCUGUGAAAGUGUCAUGCUGGUAUUGCGACGCAACAAAGACUCUCUGAUGGCAGUGCUGGAGGCCUUCGUCUAUGAUCCUCUGCUUAAUUGGCGUCUGCUGGACAGCGAGACGAAAAACCUACGUACCAAAAAUGCCAAUGAACCUGCCAACUCUGGUGGCGGCAUUGCGGGCAAUGCUGGCAACAGCCUCAGUAAUUCCAUGGACGAAAACAUGUUGCAUACCAAUACCAAUACCAUGGCCAAGUCCAAGGCUUACGACACGCAAUUCUCCAAUGCCCUGUUUGCAGCGAAUGCCAAUAAUGCCGAUAUCACCAACAGCAAGGCCAGCAAGGUUAUAAAGCGUGUCAAACGCAAACUGACGGGUACAGACUUUCAGGCACAAACCAGCUACACGGUGCAACAACAAGUCGAUUUGCUAAUACAACAGGCAACAAACAAUGAGAAUCUGUGCCAGUGUUACAUUGGCUGGUGUCCCUUUUGGUAAGCCGAGAAGUGCCAUAGCAAAUGGCCCAUGGGCCAGGCUUGGCAGAGCUGAGGAAGUCUUUAAGAUUUCUUGUUUGACUUUUACAAGAGAGUACUUUAAACUUUAACGAUUUAUGUUUUUUACAAAACCUUAACGCUAUUGCAAUUUCUACAUUAUCUUCUAUGUGUAUUUUUCUAUUAUUCUCUUUUUUUUUGUUUAUUUUUUUAUAAAUCAACAGGCGCAUACAUACAUACGACCGACGAGUCCAUAACAUACUUAUCAAACCCAAUCAUCAUUUUUUUUCUAAUUUUAUGACUUAAAAAUAAGUUCACCUUCGUUAGCUUUUAAGUUGAAUUUAGUUGUUAAGCAAACCUCUUUUUAUGUUUAUUAUGCCACCUCCUCUUCUUCUUGUUUUCUAUAUAUACAUAUAUUUUUGCACACCUACUAGUCAUUUAGUCGUGUGCUUCAUGCGUUUUUUUUUUAGAAAAUCGAAAAAAAUCAUAAAACGAUUCGUUACGAUUCCGACUGAAGUAGCGAAGCUCGGAAGCCCCCCCCCAUAGACCUAAGAACAAAAUAUGCAAUUUUCUUUUGUCAUACAUUUAUAAAAGUGAAUUAAAUAAUAAUAAAA